UCCUCGGGCAGCGCCAGGGAGUCCAGCAGGGCACAGUUCCAUUCAGAAUGAAGAAUAUGAUCCGUCUAUAAUCUAUCGAUUGAGGGAUCGGACUCAUUGAGUCACAGGGGGGUUAGAUCGGACGCUGGUGUGUGGAUGGUGGAGACAUCCGUCUACCUCUCGGGAUCACGGCGGCAUCUUCUCCGCCUUCCCCCACUUUCCUGAGAAGGUGAAGCGGCCUCUAUAAUAACAGCGUCCGCCGCUAUGAGGCGAAUAACGGGGAAGGCGAAGGAUGAAACUUUGAUCGAGCUGCAGAGCGCCACGGAUUCACAGACCACAGAUGGUCCUGCAGUGUUGACUGCAUUCAAGAUAAACCUGCUCUCAGAUGAAAACAAUGGAAAUGGCGUCAGUUUAUUAUCUGAACGAGGGACGUUGCCUGGAAAUACAGAAACUGAAAAGCUUCACCCAAACAAAGACACAGUUUUCUUCAGGGACGGAGUUCGGAGGAUAGACUUUGUCUUGUCUUAUGUGGAUGACAAAGAUGGAGAAAAGAAACAGGAAAGGAGGAGGGAGUUUGAGGCCAACCUGGAGAAAACCGGACUGGAGCUGGAGACAGAGGACAAAUCAGACUCUAAAGACCAGAAGACGUAUUUCCUGAAGAUCCACGCUCCAUGGGAAGUUCUAACCACCUACGCUGAUGUCUUAAAAGUCAAAGUUCCCUUCAAGGAGAGUGAUAUCCCCCACGCCCAGGAGGUCCCACUGGAGUGGCUAUCGCAUCCUUUCCGUCUGCCGGACUAUAUAAUGCACCCACAACCGGACUACUUCACCUAUCCCUUCGACAAGAACAAGACGGACUUCUUCCUCAUCAAUGACAAAGACUCGUUCUUUCCACCGUCCACGAGAAACAGGAUUGUGUUCUACCUCCUGGCUCGUUGUCCGUACUUUAAAGAGGGUUGCAAAGAGAAAGACAAGACGGGAAUCAAGCGAUUAAUCAGCAACGGGACCUACACAGCGGCCUUCCCACUUCAUGAUUGUCGAUACUGGAAAAGGGCUAGAGACGCUGAAUGUGAGAGCGAGCGCUUCAACCUGUACAGCCACUGGGCCCGGUUCCUUUGUUUCUACAAAGAGCAGCCGCUGAACCUCAUCAGGAAGUACUAUGGGGAAAAGAUCGGGAUCUACUUUGCCUGGUUGGGCUUCUACACAGAGAUGCUGUUCGUCGCAGCCGUCAUGGGUGUCAUAUGCUUCACCUAUGGAGUGCUCAGUUAUGAUGACAACCAAUCAAGCAAAGAAAUAUGUGACGCUAAUAUUGGGGGCAGCAUUCUGAUGUGUCCACUUUGUGAUAAAAAAUGUCCUUUCUGGAAGCUCAACUCCACCUGUCUCUCAUCCUGGCAAUCCCAUCUGUUUGAUAAUGAGGGGACGGUGUUCUUUGCCAUAUUUAUGGGGAUUUGGGUGACUCUGUUUCUGGAGUUCUGGAAGCGGCGUCAGGCGCGGCUGGAGUACGAGUGGGACCUGGUGGAUUUUGAGGAGGAGCAGCAGCAGCUUCAAAUGCGCCCAGAGUUCGAGAUCAGAUGCACCAACAGGAGACUGAACAAGAUCACGCAGGAAAUGGAGCCUUAUCUCCCCAUCACCAGCAAGUGUGCUCGCUUCUGCCUCUCCACAGCCACCGUCAUAUUCUGGAUCUCUCUUAUAGUGGCCUGUAUCAUCGGGGUGAUAGCCUACAGACUUGCCGUGUACGCCGCAUUCGCCAGUAUCAUUAAAGACCCCAUGAGGAAGAUCCAGGUGGUGGGCCGGUUCAUCACGCCGCAGCUGGCGACUUCUGCCACCGCCUCCUGCAUCAACUUUGUCAUCAUCAUGAUCCUCAACUUCUUUUACGAGAGGGUGGCCAUUUGGAUCACCGAUAUGGAAAUCCCAAAGACCCACCUGGAGUAUGAGAACAGGCUGACCAUGAAGAUGUUUAUGUUCCAGUUCGUCAACUACUACUCCUCCUGCUUCUACGUGGCCUUCUUCAAAGGGAAAUUUGUGGGUUAUCCUGGUGACUACUCCUACAUGUUUGGCGAAUGGAGCAAUCUGAGGAACGAGGAGUGUGACCCUGGCGGCUGCCUCAUUGAGCUGACCACGCAGCUGGUGAUCGUCAUGGCCGGGAAACAGUUAUGGGGAAACAUUCAGGAAGCUCUGCUGCCGUUGAUGCGUAACUGGUGGAGCGGCAGGAAGGGGCGGCACAAUCCUGAAAACCAUUACAGCCGCUGGGAGCAAGACAACGUCCUGCUGAACUUCACCCAACUGGGCUUGUUCUACGAGUACCUGGAGAUGGUCGUCCAGUUUGGCUUCAUCACUCUGUUCGUGGCCUCCUUCCCCUUGGCUCCGCUCUUGGCUCUGUUCAACAACAUCCUGGAGAUCAGGGUGGACGCCUGGAAGUUCACCACCCAGUUCAGACGGCCGGUGGCGUCCAAGGCGCGAAACAUCGGCGCGUGGCAGGAGAUACUCAACGCGGUGGCCAUUUUAUCCGUCGUUACCAAUGCGUUUAUCAUGGCGUUCACCUCAGACAUGAUACCCCGGAUGGUCUAUCUGUACGCCUACGGUAAAGACGCCAGCAUGAUGGGCUACGUCAACAACAGCCUGUCAAUAUACAACAUCUCUCAAAUCCCUGAACGCAACAUGCCGGAGGAGCGGGAAUACUCGUUUGAUAACUUGACCUCCAACUGCAGAUACCGUGAUUACCGGUACCCUCCAGGCCACGACAAGGAGUACACCCACACCAUGCAGUUCUGGCACAUCCUAGCUGCCAAAAUGGCCUUCAUUAUCACCAUGGAGCACGUGGUCUUUGUGGUGAAGUUCUUCGUGGCGUGGAUGAUCCCGGACGUGCCGUCGGACGUGAAGGCGCGGUUCAAACGAGAGCGCUACCUGAUCCAAGAGUACCUGCACAACUACGAGGUGGAGAAGCUCAAAAUGCAGCUGAGCGCCAGUUUCAUCACGGCGCCGCAGUCGGACACGUCCCUGAUAUCCGACACGCACGAGGUGUUGUCUGAGUGCCUGUAGCCGCGGCUUCACCCCUCCGACUAAACAAGCCAAGAAAUGGACACGUGUGGGACUCGGGGCUGCUCAGAACGUCCAUAGGAUCCAUGUGUAAGGGCUUUUGUCUUGGGGAUAAAAGCGCGGCAAUCUUUUAAAUGUACAUUAACAUCCGGUCAAAUAUGCUCCUGCGAGAGGAAGCUGAGAUGGAUCUGAAAAACCAAUCCAGCGCCAUGUUUCACUGUGCUUCGUACUUUAAAUCAGCUUCUUGAGGGACUGAAACUUUUCUGUGCCAUAAGGAAAUAUCGGAAGGUGUCGGGACGGAUACGAGUGUAGCUGCAGUUUGUAUCGUUCGCCACGUGAUGCAUUCAAACUCAUGACUGAGAGACUCUGUUUGUGCUUGUAGAGUUUAAGCUAGAGGUGUUUACCGCUUGAAAUUAGUUGUAAUUUCCCUUUAAAUUAGCUGGAUAUGCAAACAAUUUCAUUUCCUUUUUUUGCAUGUGGUUCAUCUACUGAGAAAACUGAGAUGAGGUCCGACUUGUUUAUAGACAUGUGUCAGUUGUGGAAUAGUGUGAAUGGUAAUUGUGGCUGGAAGCUCCUAUCAUUUCCCUAAGAAUGUACAAAACACUUAUAAUAGGUUUCAAUAUAUCAGAUCUGAAACACAUUUAUAAUAUAAGAGAAUUUAAUAGUCAGUGCUUAAUCCUCAGACAGUUUCACUCAAUUUCCUUUUAAAUCAUUUUUUUUAAUCGGUAGCUGAAUAAUAUUUGCUCCCACUUAUCUGUAGCUGGGCUUUGAGACUUGUCAGUUUUUAGUUUUCAUUGUGUUAUAUUUUGGGGAAAGCUCUUUAAAACUGUGCAUUUGAAAACAAAGUACCUCCGUUUACACCUCGGUGAGACAGAUGCUGCAGGCUCAUCUUCCAAACGUGUUCCCAGCCUGCACCGGGACCAAUAACAAGACUCGUACCCAAAGAACCAAAUAACAUGUUGGAAGAUCUCCUGACAGAUUUAAUACAAUCAGUGUGUGUGGACGGGCUCAGCUCGGUCGUGUGUCGGCCUCAUUCCUCCUCGUGCUGCACUCAGACUUAAAAUGGCCUUUUCUGUUUCACGUUGACAGGAGGCUCAAACAGUUGGAACCUUGAUUUCUGAGAUAAUCAUACAAGAGAAGGAACACAUAAGAAAUAUAAACGUAAUGCCUUUAGUAACCUCAUCCUCUCUGACUGGAUAUUAAGUGUUGCUUUGGAUGUAAAAAUAUAAAUAUUAUCUGUUUUAAUUGGUUGUGUAGCAAUUAAUUUAUUGAUCUGUUUCCUCUCUGUGACCUGAUUCUUUUCUUAUUUACAACCAUCUCAACAUUCUCAUUUUAAGAUCUUUUAUUAUCCGUUUACUUGUGACACUUUAUUUCUUAUUUUUUUUUACAAUUUGUCGCAACCAAACAGUGUUAGCGCAGAAAGUUACUCAAGUGCAUAUUCAUGCUAUUGAUUCCAAAUUUGUCGAGCUACCAGAGAAGUUAAAAACCUGUGGGAGACACAAGUUCAGACUUAUUUGUGAUCUACACUGUAAUUCAUGCAGCUCACAGCAAAUUAUAUCUGACCAAUUGACCUGAUUUACUCUAAUCUGAUUUACUCUAUAAUCUCAGGAUCAAACCUCUUCCAGUGUCGGUCGAGCAUCCCUGUUUGACACGAUAUGCAGAUGUCAGACAUGUGCGAGGGGUUAGGUCGGUGCAUGAUCCUGUAAGAUGCUCGCUUUACCGAAUAUCCCAGCAAUCAAAUGCCUUAAAUGUCUGUGUUUACUUGUUUUGUAUGAUUUUGUAACGGCAGCAUUUCCUGUCUGACUUCAAAACCUGUUUCAUGUCGCUGCUCCUUGUCUAUACAAAGUAGUUGUUUUGUCUGGUUUGAGUUGCUGUUUUGUGUAAAUAUUGUGUAUGUUACAUUCUAACCUUACUGUAGCCUAUUGUACAGAAACGCAGUAAAGGUGGUUAUGUCCACAAUAAAUAAAGAAAUACUACGUA